GUGCUGGGACGCGACGCCCUGGAACACGUUGGCGGUGCAGCGCUGCUUCAGCGAGUUCCACGGCGUCCAGUACGAUGACACACAGAACGCAUCACGGAUGUGCUUGGACGGCGUGUGGCACAACUACUCAAACUACGCGAACUGCACAGAACGCAUGACCAACGUGUCGCCGACUGACGUCACCAGCCUCAUCUACCUCGCCGGCUACUCGCUCAGCCUCGCCGUGCUGUCGCUCGCCGUCUUCGUCUUCCUUUAUUUCAAGGACCUGCGAUGUCUAAGGAACACGAUACAUACCAACCUCAUGUCGACGUAUAUUCUGUCUGCCUGCAGCUGGAUCUUAAACUUAGCUUUACAAAAUUGGUCCGAUGAGGCCCAACAAGAUCAAACCUCGUGUACGAUUCUGGUCAUAUGUAUGCACUACUUUUACCUCACUAAUUUCUUCUGGAUGCUUGUAGAAGGCUUGUACCUGUACAUGCUGGUGGUGGAAACGUUCACCGCAGAAAAUAUUAAACUGAAGGUGUACACUACCAUAGGAUGGGGUGCACCGGCGGUGUUCCUAACAAUAUGGGUUAUAUGCAGGUGCUUCGUCAACAUCGUGCCUUCCAACCCUGCUGAUGGGCUUGCCCUGGCAGGUGAGGCUAAGAUGUGUAUUUGGAUGUCGGAGCACCAGGUGGAUUGGAUCCAUAAAGCUCCAGCACUCGCUGGGCUCGCCCUCAACCUCUUCUUCCUCAUUAGGAUUAUGUGGGUAUUAAUCACAAAACUGCGGUCUGCAAACACGUUGGAGACAGAGCAGUAUCGGAAAGCAACGAAGGCACUUCUAGUCCUGAUCCCACUGCUGGGCAUCACCAACCUGCUGGUGCUGUGUGGGCCCAAUGACGAUUCCUGGUUCGCACACGCCUUCGACUACACGCGAGCACUCAUGCUUUCAACACAGGGUUUCUUAGUGGCUUUGUUCUACUGCUUCAUGAACACAGAAGUACGGCAUGCAAUCAGAUACCACGUCGAAAGGUGGAAGACUGGGAGGACCAUCGGAGGAGGAAGGAGGAGAGGAGCUUCCUACUCCAAGGACUGGUCUCCUCGGUCACGAACAGAAAGCAUACGACUCACGGUAUGAAGAGGCCCAGGGAUUCCAAUCUGGAUAGACCUACAACGAAUUUGCUUACCGGAAUGGACUUUAUGCAUUUAAGAGAAGAUGUCCUAAGAUAUAAUGUGGAUUUGGAUGGAAUUUUUAUUGUUUUAUUUUUGUUACGUAUAUUUUAUUAAUUUUACAAUAAACCAAUGUUUAAUCAGCUUUGUUUUUUAUCCUCAUUAAUUUAUUUUUCCCUUUCCUUUUAACUUUUAUUUUGGUUUUACACGAUAUAUCAUUUAGCACUUCAUCCAUUAAAUAGCGACUAGUUGAUCAUCGUAAACUAUUUUGCAUGUGAUUAAUUAUUAUGUAAGGCUUGCUUGGAAACCGUCGAGUCAUGGGACUACACCUAGUUCAUUUCUCAUAGGGAAUAUCUCACUAUCCUCUAAACUAAUUUAAGAAGGUGCUAAUAGAUUUUAUUUCCCAAGAUACCUUUCGAAUUUACAUUGAUAUCUUAUCUAAAGGGAGUAGACUUCAAAAGGGCUCACUUAAAAGGGUGAAUUUCCAUACCUAUUGGCAACAAAGUGCGAACGAACGGAAGGAAAGUGGAAUAAAUCUUGGUAUCCCUUUUACGUUCUCAGAUAUCGUCGAGUACUAUUGAUGAGCCCAUUUGAAAACUUAAUAAGAGCAUUUAUUAUUGUCGGUUCAUUCACUCUAUUUGAAGAAGGAGCCAUAGAAAAAAGUUUCCAACUGAAGUACCUACUUUAUUUUUAUUUGAUAGGUAAUUCUAAGAAACACUUUUGAGUAAUAAGCUCAGUAAACAAGGAUCAAAGCUAAAUUUGAGAAUUGUUUUUACUGUCAAACAGAAUCCGACUUAUGGAAUUAUAUUAAAAUAUUGUAUUCCAGUGCUGUAUAGUUUCAAAACAACUGUAAGUUGUGUAACAAAACAAACAGCAGGUACAUAUGUCGUCUACAUAAUAUGUAGGUA